CGUCUCCCGCGGCGAAGGUGCAAACCGACGCGAACUGUAAAGCCCUGCGCUGAGACGACGCUCUCGCAGUCACUUCGUAAGCUCCGGAACAGACGCACGCGCAGCUUUUACGCCGCGGAUACUACGAUAAUAUAAUAAAAAGAUUGUAUUUUUAAAACCGGCUUCGAUUAAGUUUGUAAACAAAUAAUAUUAUGAAAACGUAAUAGGCAUUUCGCGAUGUCUUUCUGUAGGAUAACGGGCCGCAGCCGAGGGCUGCCUAAGCCAAAUUACUUUCCGCUUCUUGCGCCAAUCUCGCCCGCUGAUGCCAAAAGAUGCUGCAGGAUCACAGGGAAAUCAUAUGGAUUACCUUCACAUCACUACAUUCCAGUUUUACUCACCGCAAACUCUGCUAAGACUAAAUGUAAAAUAACUAACGUAUCGGGUGAACUCGGCCCUCAUCAUUACUCGCCUGAAAUUAAUUAUGGAAACAGAAAACAUGAAAUUCUUCCGGAUUAUAGGUAUAUAUUCCCGAUUUUGGAUGGAUCAACUGAAGCUCAAAGAGCUUUAAUGGAAAUGCUUUUGACAAAACAAGUUGCAGACGACAAAAGAUAUGUGUAUACCGUUCAAGAAAGAAGAUGCAGUCUAGUAUUUUCCGCUCGCAUGGAAGCAGCAGUGCGCGAUGGUGAUGUUAGAGAUGUUAUGCUUGCUAAGGAUUCGGAUACUGUUCUUAUUAAAACUAAACAAGGUCGUAGUGUUUCUAUGGACUUUAAAGACUUCACGGAAGAAGUAGAAAUAUUUGAAGGAGAGGGACCAAACGCUGAAGUAUUAAAACAAAGAGAAUUAGAGGAAUUAGAAGAAAGAAAAAAGAAAAGGAAACGAGCAGCAGGACUGUCGUCAAUGAAAAAAAUAUUUGAAAAUAAAGAGAAGUUGGCUGAAGUACAAGAACUAGAAGAAGAAAAAUUACGUCAAGAUCGUUUAGCCAAAAAAGCGAAGAUGGAAGAAGUUAAGCAUGAAAAACAUGAUAUAAAGAGUUUUUCAUGUAAUAAUUUUGAUCUUAAUCAUAUGCGUUCAAAAUCAAGCAUUGUCAGGUGUAGUGGAGACUGGAAAGACCAAAUCCAUCCUCUUAUCGAAAAUUGGGACUGGGACUUAUUUGAAAAAGACAUUAAGAACGAAUCUUUUACUCCGAAAGUAACCAGUUUACCAUCUCCUAUCAAAAUAACACCAUAUCAUUGUGAAACAGAAAUUUAUGAAGUGGAUCGAAAUAUUUGUGAUGUGUCCAUUACCCUUGAGAGUGUUCCUUGUGUUAACCCUUUGAAACCUAUAAAAUCACGUCCAUCUGAAGAAGUAUUAUCUGCUGUAACUACUUUACCUGAAGAACGCCUAGUAGAAACUUCAAAUGUGACCGAAAAGUUAUUGGAAUGUAAUAAAAUUGAUAUGUUACCUACCGUUGAAAAUUUACCAGACAUCGUUAAAAAUAUCAAAAAAGGAAAGAGGGAAAAAGUUGGUAAAAUAUCAGGUCUGACAUUAGAUAUAGAUAAAGCAAAGAAAUUUAUUCCUGGACAACAUAUAACUACUCCUCAAGGGAUUAUAUUUAUACCAGGACAGACAGUAGAAACACCUGCUGGGCCUUUGUUUGUUCCGGGGUUAAGUGUAAAUACCCCUGCUGGACCAGGCCUAAUUCCGGGUCAUUUUAUAAAUAAUGAAACUACUAACGAACCAUUUUUCCUCGUAGGACAAGUUUUGCAAACAACGAAUGGAGAAGAAUUUGUUUGUGGGCAGACUGUUAAAAAUAAAGACGAUUCCUAUCGUUUUAUAGAGGGCCAAACUGUAUUGUCAGAAGAAGGUUUUAAAUUUGUACCAGGUAAAUCUAUAAAUAAUGGAUUAGAAGAUGUAUUUGUUCCGGGUCAAACCAUAAUGACACCCGAUGGUGUACAGUUUAUUCCCGGCCAAACAAUUGUAGAAAAAGGCAAUAUUAUUUUCACCCCGGGACAAAAUGCCAAAAUAAAUAAUGAGUGGCAAUUCGUUCCAGGACAAGUUGUACAUCAGGACGAUGAGUUACUUUUCAUUCCUGGGGCCACAUUAGCUACGCCAAAUGGCCUUAAAUUUGUACCGGGACAAACAGUUACUACUAAUGGAGAAACAUUAUUUGUCCCAGGUAUAACGAAAAUGGGAGAAAAUGACUUAGAAUUUAUUCCCGGAACCACAGUUGAUACUAUUGAUGGUCCGAAAUUCGUUGAAGGGCAAAUCGUGACAUCAGGCCACAGUGAAAAGUUUUUACCUGGCAAAACAAUUGUUCAAUCAAAUGGACAUGUUGACUUUUCAGUCGCGAAAUCGAUCGAAGACAUAACAUUUACAGAAAGCACUCCAACAGGCUUGCCAAUUGACAUUAAAACCUGUUCUUUAUCUGAAGAAUCCUUGUAUGUUUUCGGUCAUAUGGUUCAAACAUCGAAUGGUAUAGAAUUUUAUCCAGGACCUAGAAUACCAAAGUUAGAUGGCAAAGUUGUUCCUGGGCGUCUCGUUAAAAAUGAAGCAAAUCAGUCUCGUUUCGUCCCUGGAAUGAUGGUUGAAGGCAUAUUCGUGCCAGGACAAAUAGUGUUUACAGAAAAUGGCGAACAAUUUGUUCCUGGUCAAGUUGUAGAUACGGUUGAUGGUCCCAAAUUUGUUCCUGGUCAGGUAGUAAAUACUAAAAGUGGACCAAAGUUUGUUCCUGGUCAAACUAUUCAUACUAUAGAUGGUCCCAGGUUUGUGCCAGGACAAAUUAUUGAUACAAAAGCUGGACCGACAUUCAUACCUGGUCAAGUAAUAUCCACUGAAGAUGAAGGUUCAAGAUUUGUCCCCGGUCAGGUCGUGGAUACUGAUGAAGGACCAAGAUUUGUUCCGGGAAGAGUUAUAGAAACAGAUGAUCAAGGAGUUACUUUUGUUCCCGGUCAAAUAGUGCAAACACCGGAAGGGCUUAAAUUCGUCGCUCCUGACUUAAUUGAAGGCGAAGAAGGUCUUGAAUUCUCAGUCCAAAGUUUUGUUGUAACACCAGAAGAAUUAAAAUUAUUGAAAGUAAAAACAAAUCCGAACGAUACUACGUCUACUAAAGGAGAGUUAACAAUUGAUACGAAAAUGCUAAGACAACUAUCUGAAGCAGGUAUGUCGAUUGGAAGACAAGUGCCUACUGAUUUACCAGCAAUUAAUAUAAUUUUAAAUCAAACAAAAAAUGCUGAAACAUUAAAAGCUUUUGUCACUGACUUUGGUUUGAAAGAUGAAGUAGCAAAUCAAUUAAUGGAUGUAAUUUCAUCUAUCAUAGAGAUGAGCGUACAUUUGAAAUCUGAAAUUAAUGUUAAUCAUAAGGAUAAUGGACUAAUUGUCGAUGGAAAGAAAAGUAGAGCAAACAAAAAAAGGAUGGAUGUGAUAAAUCGUAUAGAUAAUGGUGAAGAUCAAGAAGAAAAUACACGCCAAGAGAAAGUAAAAAAUUCGAUUGCAGCCGCCGUACUUGCAGCGUUAGUUACAGCAGAACAAUAUGAAGAAAUAAAUAAUAAUAACGGAAAAGAAAAGUAUCAUCAUAUCUUAAAAUCGAUUGAUACAAUUUUAGGAAAAGCAAUUGAUGAGGACUUUGUAUCUGCUAUGUUUAAAAUUCUUCAAAGGGAAGAAGACAAAGAAAUACUUAGCGAAGCAAUUGUAGAAAAUUCCACGAACCCCAAGAUGGAGUUAAUUAAACUUGCCAUAAACAAUGCCUUGGAUAAAAAUUCCCUUACCGAAGAACAAAUGAUUGAUAAAUUCAGUGAGUUUUUAAGUCAAGAAAAUGAAGUCAUUGGCCCUGCGUUUAAAAAUAUUACAAAAAAUGAUCCAAUGUUGCUUCAUCAAAUAAUGAAUAAUAUUUCUGACUCAAUAUCUUUUGUCAAAACUGACUAUGACGCUACAGAAGCUUUACAAAAAAUGAUUGUCGCAGCUAUACAAGAAAGUAGCAACAAAACAUUGGAAAAUGUGAUAGAUGGCUCUAAUAAAGAAUUGCUAAAAGAAACAAUUAUUCAAUCUGCUGGUCUAGCAAGAGUACUGGGAUUAAGUGAUGUUGCGAAGAAAUUAUUAUCUGUAAUUGAUAACGAAAAAGCCAUAAGCAAAAUUGAAAGUGAUGAUGUAAGCAUGAAUAUUCUAAGAAGGUUGACUGUUAUGAAAAAACUAGCAGAACAAAACCCAAGUUUGCAUUCAGCGAUACGCAAACUAGAAACAGAUGCAGAGCUUGCUCGCACAGAUCCCAAGCUCAGAGAUUUGGUACGAGAAAGCGCCGCUCUUAUGAUUGUACCUGAAGAACCACCAUUAUUGACAUCAGAAGACGUUCCAUUAAGCUUACUUCAACCUGAAAAUAGUCUUGCAAUGGAAGAUUUCCUGUUUCAACGAAAGAAACAUCCGGGUGCUUUGCUAAUAAUGAAAAAAGGUUUACAAGCAGUUGUUCCACGAGAAGCUAGUCGGGCUGUAUUAACUGGUCAAGUAGCCUAUACAGUACUCGAUGAAAAUGGCAUAAGACAUUUUGAACCCUUACAUGUUUUCUCAGCUCUCAAUUUAAGUCAACCUACAGCUCACAGAUUUAGUAUGUACAGCUGUCCUGUUCUUGAUGAUAAUGAUGAAGAUCUUCAAAGUUUUACUGGAUAUUGUAACAUAAGUCAAAAUCAAAGAAUUACGAAAUACGGUGGCUGGAAUAAAAAAUAUAGUGGCGUACUACUUGAUAGAGAAAACACUAGAUCUAGGAUGAACAGUGUCAAAAAUACACCGAGCUAUGAAAGAUAUCAUUCUAGGUCAUUAACAAGAUCUAGAUCUACGUGUAGCAGAAGUCCAUCUAAGGUAGACGACGUAGUCGUGGCAACAGCCGAUUACACAGCGGCGGGGGAUGACGAGGUAUCUUUAAAAGCUGGAGAUAUUGUAGAGGUUCUCGACACGAAAACUGCCCUUGGAUCAAAGAAUCCUCAAAUCGACUCCAGUCUGAACGUGAAAACCGAACUACUUGAUGCAUCAGCGGCGAAACACAAAUUGGCAGUUCGACCGAAGAAAAAUCACCCAAAGAAACAAACGAAGAAAGUUCAAGUCGCUGAGAGGUGGCUGGUGCGUGUGGUAGAAGAUGUGCAAGGAGGAGAACUGUGCACCCGGCAGGGCUACGUACCCGCGCACGUGCUCAAAGAGAAGGUGCCUGAGAGAGACCAGACGGCGCUGGCAGCAAGGAGGCAGGCAGUGGUUCGUGAGCUGAUCGAAACCGAGGAGGAGUUCGGGCGUGACAUGCAGCAGGUGGUCAGCCGCUACAUGCGUCCGAUGGACAAGGCUACCACACCCAAAAUAGUUUUCGACAACAGGGAGCUUUUGUUCUCAAACUUCAAGCAGAUUUGCGAGUUUCACAAUACGUCCCUACUAGAAGGCAUCAAAUACUACGCCGGAGAACCGCGGAUGCUUGGUCGUAGUUUGCUUCGAAUGGAGCGAGAGUUCGACAAGCACGUCGCUUACUGUCGCGAUGAACCACUUGCUCAACACUUGCUCAAGAACGACCCAGUAGUCUCUAAAUAUUUUAAGGCAUUGGCAGAUAAACUCGGAGACGAUAAAGGUCUAACUGAGCACCUCAAGCUACCCAUCCAAAGAAUCAACGACUACCAACUUCUUUUAAAGGAAUUGGUAAAAUAUUCAAAGCGUCUCGGCGACGAUUGCACCGAUCUCCAGAAGGCUUUAGAGUUAUUCCUUGGCGUCCCCAACCGCGCCACAAAUAACAUAUUCAUAGAUAGUAUCGAGGGAUACCGUGGGAAUAUCUACAAGCUCGGUAGAUUGCUGACUCACGAUUGGUUCACAGUCGAUUACGACGGAGAACCCAAGAACCAUUACGUCUUUCUUUUCAAAGCAAGAAUUUUAAUUUGCGAGGUCCAGAGAGUUGAAGAAGAUAGAUCGGUCUUUGUGCUUAAGCAUAUCGUCAAGCUUCCUGAGGUAGAAAUCAAAGAUCAUCCAGAAAGUACCAAGUUUGAGCUUCAUCAGAAAGAUCCCCAUCUUGUCUUUAACUUUAAAGCGCAUAAGGAAUCCGUAAAAACAGCUUGGCUACGGGAAAUCAGACAAUACGCCAGUGAUCUAGUUGCUUUAGCGGAACACGCGGCAGACGAUUUACAAAUACUACCCCAGGAAAUUAUAGAACAACAACAACCGGAAGAGAAAAGAAAAAGGGAGUCUGAAGACCAACCAGAAGAGAGGCAAGAGAAAAAAUCUCGAGUUGAAGAACUCGAAGUCACUGACCUUUCUUCUAAAGAAGAAUCACAACAAGUUAUUAAAACUAAACGGAAAGCAUCUUCUGAAGGUGAGCACACGAGUAAAAUCUCAAAAGCUGAAGCAACAGAGGUAUCUUCAAUUACUGAAGUUCAAGAAGUGCAAAGUAGUAGUGUAAGCACCGUUGAAAGUCGAGUCACAACUAAUUUAGAGUCUUCAUCAUUAAUCACAGAAGUUAGUGAAAAAGAAUCGGUUACAUCUCAGUCACAAGUUGUUCAGCAAAAACUUAUUCAAGCAAAUGAAAACAUAAUAUCCCAAGAAGAAACUGCCGCAUUGUCAAUCGAAACAGCUCACAAACAAUUUGAACAGUCUGUGAAUGGCACAGGUGAAACAAUCGCAGAUAGUGUGGUAAAUACAGAAUUUAACACCAAAGCACAAGGUAAGGUUUCUUCAAAAUCUUUAUCAGAACAAACAGCUAGCGCAACUUUUGAAAGCUCUUUAAUUGAAAGAAAAUCAAAAGAAGAAUUAAUAGUAGAAAGUAAAGUAGCUGAGACAAAAGAUAAAGAAUCUGUUUCUUACAGUCGUCAAGUAACUGAAGCUAUCUUAUUAAGCGAAGCUCAAGAAGUUGGAAGUUCUGUUAACCAAAACGAAUUAGGUGACACUCGAGAAAUACUUCAAUCAAAAUCUACGAAUGCUGAUGUAAAGUCAUCUGAAUCUUCUAGAACAGAUAUCGUUCAAACUGUAAAAGAAGAAAACGCAGUUAUAACAGAUUUGGAAUACGAGAAAACAAAGAGCAAAUCUGCUAAAAAGCAAUUAGUUGUCGAAGAAAAAGCUGAAGAAAUCUUAAAUAAAAACACCAAUACAGCAGAAGAAACAUCUGGCAAAACUCAACAAGAAACUGUUUCUUUCAAUCGUCAAACAUCCAAAGUUUUAGUCGAACAAUCACAAACUACAGAAGAAACCGGCCUAAAAAAUAAUAAAAUAGAAGAAAGUGAGACUAAAUCGGCUUAUCAAUCAACGCUUGAGUCUAACGUUUUAUUAUUAUCACAACAAAGUUUCGUAGACAAAAAAAAACAAGAAGACAAAGAAAACGUUCAACCAUCAAAAGAAGAAUCUACAUUAGCAUCAAACGAGUCUAACAAUAAUAAAACUAGCGUUACCGAUACAACUGAAAAAAGUGUUGAAAAAAGUAAGGUCGAAGUUAUACAAAACGGAAAAACUGCAACGAAUCAUAAGAGUAUUAAAUCUAAAAAACUUGAAUCUGAACAAGUAACAGAAAUCGAUCAAACUGCAGAGGGAUCUGUGUCACAAAACGUUGAGGAGAGCAAACAAACUGUGACCUCAGGAGCGUCAGGCGAGAGAGCUUCAACAGAGGUUCAAGCUGUAACCACUGAGGAGGCAGACGGAGAUAUGUCGAGAUACAGCCGCAGUUCGCGGCUAUCUGGAGAGUACUCCAGUAGCAGUCGUAAGUUAUCAACUGGUGGUCGAUACGAGUCAUCUUCAUACGACAGCACUGGUGCGUCCUCUUACCGUCGUGAGAGUGGCUCACGUCUAGAAAGUUCGCGGUACGAGGCAGGAGUUGCUUCAGAGGGUUCGGCUUCAUCAAGAUUCGAGUCUAAGUACUCUACUUCUAGUAAAACCGAAGGUGGUUCCAAAUACGGAAUCGAGACGAGCUACGAUGACAAGGAUGGCUCCAAGUAUGCUAUAGAAUCCGAAAGCAAGUUGGACAGCAUUGCGUCUAAGUACGGCCUCGGUUCCAACACCGAGAGUCAAGUUGAGGGAAGGACCAGUAAAUAUAGCAUCGAAUCCGGUUACGAUGGCAGCUCCACCGACACGACCAGCAAGAUUGAUAGUAUCGCCUCCAAAUAUGGUUUAGGUACAAAUUCUGAGUUGCAAAUCGAAGGACGCUCCAGUAAGUACAGCGUCGAAGCCAGCUAUGAUGGCAACUCUGCAGACACGACAAGCAAGAUCGAUAGCAUUGCGUCUAAAUACGGACGUAACUCGAUUACUGACAGUGCCAAGAUUGAGAGCCGGUCUACUAAAUUGAAUAUCGAGACCAGUUACGACGGUGAUAUCAAUGGGGAUUCGAAAAUCGAGUCGAGUUAUACUAAAAUAAAAAAUGGCGAUACAGCAUCCCAGAAAAAAUACUCUAAAACUAAAAUUUCUAACGGAUCAGUCACCGAAGAACGCGGUUCGACAAAAUUGAUUUCAAAAACGGAAUCAUCGGAUGGGAAACCUAUAUUCGUGAAGACAAUCGAAGGCCAGAACAUCGAGCCUGGAGAAAACGCAAUCUUCGAAUGCGCGCUGCAGGAUUCGGAAGCUAAAGUGACGUGGCUGAAGGACAACAAGCCUUUCAGCGAUCGGCUCAUGGAUCGCGUUGUGAUGGAGGAGAGUGAAGGCCGAUACCGCCUCGAGGUGCUGCACUGCAGGGAAGAUGAUUCGGGCGUGUAUACCGCGAGGGCGGAAAACGUAAACGGCAACGCACAUUGCACCGCUCAGUUAGUCGUCCACGAGUUGACGCCAGAGGAGAGAAAACAGAGAAACGCUCUAAAUGCGCCUUACUUUAUAGUAGCGCUCAAGGAUACUGAAAUAAUGAUGAACACCUACCUUCGCUUUAUGGUCAAAGUCAAGGGCAACCCUAACCCAGAGGUCAAAUUCUACCGUGACGGUAAGGAAAUCGUGACGUCGUCAACGGAAGAACGAGUGAACAUCGUACGUACGCGCGCCGAGCGGGGCUGCUACGAGCUGGUGAUUGCGGACGUGCUCGCUCAAGACGCCGGCCGGUACUCGUGCCGCGCCCUCAACGAAUAUGGUGACGUCACGUCCGAGGCUCUCGUUACUGUCGUCGACGAUAAGAACAUUUUCGGUGAACUACCUCCGGGCGGAGAAGGGCUACUGGCGAAGGGAGAGAAGGCCACCUUCACAUGGAAAAAGGAUGGGGUGGAUUUCGACCCUGAGGAGAGGUUCAAGGUCUUGCUUGAAGACGAUGAAGACUCGUUGGCACUGGUGUUCCAACACGUCAAGCCGGAGGACGCCGGCCUCUACACGUGUGUUGCCAAAACCAGCACUGGAAACAUAUCCUGCUCGGCCGAGCUCACUGUACAGGGAGCUGUGAACUUCUUACACCGAGAACCUCAAAAGCCGCAGCUAGUGAUUGAGCAUCGCGAGGCCAUCGUUUCUAGUGGAGGCUCAGCAAUGCUAGAGCUGGUUUGCAAGGGCUACCCCAAGCCUACCGUCGUCUUCAAACACGAUGGCAAGGUGGUGGAGGCAGACACUAGGCAUAAGUUCCUCCACGAAGACGACGAAAGCAUGUCGCUGGUUAUAAAGAACGUGACCUCAGCGGACGCCGGCGAGUAUCACGUAACCGCAUCUAACGAUCUCGGAGAGGAUACUACCAUUAUGAACCUCGUUGUCAAGGCCCCGCCGAAGAUUAAGAAGAAAAUAGAGAACCAAACCUGCAUGGCGGGCUCCACCCACGAAGUAAUCAUCGAAGUGGAGGGCUCUCCAUCACCAGAUGUUAGCUUUUACAAGGAUGGUGUGGAGAUUAAGUCCUCUGAGAGGAUCACCAUCGUAAAAGAAUCGGAGGAGAUCUAUAAAAUCAUUAUCAAGGACACCAAGUUAACCGAUACUGGAUCUUAUUCUGUUGUUGCUAAGAACGAGGUGAACCAGUGCUCGGACUUCUGGCAGUGGCACGUGACGUCACCGCCCAAGAUACUGCAGAUGCUCGGCGGAGAGCGCUCGUGCGGAGAGAACGACAGCGUGACCUUCGAGGUGCGCGCAGAGGGCGACCCCGCACCCACUGUCACUUGGUACAAAAACAAGACCGAGCUAAAGGAGUCCUCCGCGAUCAAGAUCACAUCAUCAGGCGAAGCUCACAAACUAGUCAUCACUUCGGCUGCGCGCGCGGACUCAGGGGAAUACUCAUGCGAGAUCCGCAACGUGCACGGCAGCGCCGCCGACGCGUGCGCGCUGCACGUGCGGCGCGCGCCCCGCUUCACGCGGCGCCUGCGCGACGCCAGCGCCGCCGAGGGCGACGUCGACGUCGAGUUCACCGUGGACGUCGACGCCUACCCUCAACCCAACGUCAAAUGGUACUUAGGGGAUGUGGAGAUAACUGAGAAGAAGUCUGUGUAUACGCGCUUGGACAACGGCAGUACGCACAAGCUGAUUCUCAAAGAAGUUACAGCGGAAAUGUCCGGGCAGUACACCUGCAAGGUUUCCAACGAAUUGGGAGAGGAUUCCUGCCAGGCUACCUUCACUGUCAACAGAAAACCUCGCAUUACAAAGAGCUUGGUAGACAUGACGGUGGACGUGGGACAGACACUGAAAUUAGAAGUCGAGGUGGAAGGCUGCCCCGAACCUAAGAUCAAGUGGUACAAGGAUGGAAAAGAGGUGACAACAGAUGCCAGGAUUAAGAUUGAAAGAGAUACCCAAAGGCUGGAGAAUUACUUCCUGACGGUGACGCUGGUGAAGGAAGAAGACGGUGGUGAAUAUGAGGUGCGCGCAGACAACGAGAUGGGCAGCGUGGCCUGCAAGAGCACCGUUACUGUGCACACGAAAGAAGUUCAUUCGAGAUUCAAAAAAGAAAGCUUAGUUGAAAAUGAAAUCGAAGAUGACAGCAAGGUAAAGAAACAGCAAAUAGACGAUAUGGAAGAUACGAAGAAAACCGCAAAAAAAGAUAAAACAAAACCUGAGAAGGUAGAAGAAAAAUCUUUGGUAGAUGAAAUCGAUGCCACAUCCAAAACUGUAACGAUUGAACAGGUAGAACAAUCAUCUCCAGAUAAAGCUACGAAGGUACGCACUGAACCUGAAGAAAUAGAAGAAAAGUCAUUCUGGGACGAUGUAAACGACGACGGGAAAGCCAAAUCUGUCAAAAAAGAUGAUGUUAAAGCAACACCAAAAAAAGCAAAAACUGCACCAGAAGAAAUAGAAGAAAAGUCGUUUUGGGAUAACGUAAACGAUGAUGGAAAAAUAAAAUCUGCCAAAAUAGAUGAUGUUGAAUCAGCCCCAAAAAAGGUGAAAAGAGAACCAGAAGAAAUUGAGGAAAAAUCAUUCUGGGAUGAUGCAGGCGACGAUGGAAAAACCAAAUCAGUGAAAUUAGAUGAUGUUGAAACUACACCAAAAAAAGCAAAAAAAUCCAUAACAGAGCCAGAAACCGCCGAAAUCAAAGUUUGGGAUGAAAACCAUAACGAGCAAAUUAAAAAACCCGUUGUUGAAGAGGCUAAGGCAGAGACGCAAAAGGGUGACAAAGACACCACUAAGCCGGAAGUGAUUGAAGAAGUGACAAUCGCAGAUGAGUUGAAAUCCGCAAAACGCAAGUCCAUUAAAAAACAAUCCGUUAGUGAAGAGCCAUUAAGUGCUGAAAGUGAAGGCCGAGUUUUCGAAACGGUAACAACGUUCAAGUCGGGCGAUGAUGGUUCAAUUAUUGUGUCUAAAGUGAGCAGCACUCGAUCACACGGCGCCAUUAUCACAGGUCCAGCCGAAAUGCGCACUUUACACAAAAUGACUUCAAGUGCCGUGUAUUAUGAUGAGGAUGAUGAAUGUGAUAGAAAAAUUGUCAAACCUAACACGCCACAUACAACUUCUUUAGAAGUUGAAGAAAUUGCUAGUCACAGUUACUAUAUGUCUGAAAUAGGACAUUAUACAAUACCAGACCAUAUUAGAAGAGGUACGUAUGGUAUUAUUGAGGAACCGCAGACUGAUUCCGACGUAGAAACCAACUCUAGGUACGGUAGACCAUUAGGUAACAGAACAGUAUCUAUUAUGUCAAUGUCCGAGGACGAAAUGAGCUGGCACAACGACUCACUCUCACGCGAAAUAUCUAUAGAAGAUCUCUCAAAAUCUAUCUUUGAUAUUGACGAAACAAGAAAAGUUUUUAGCAAAGACUCAUAUGUGCGGCAAUCAUCUUUCAAAGAAGAUUACUUCACAGACCAAGGUGACGAAGAAACCAUAAUAUUGAAUGAAAAAAGCCAUAAAAUAUUUGAAAACGAUAUCACUGAAAAACUCAUUCAAAUUUCGAAAGAAUUUGACGAAAACGAAUUCAAACAAGUCGAAAACAAAAUAAACGAUGUGAAAAAUCGUAUUAUAGAAGAACUAGUUUUAGGCCCUAGUAAAAAUGUUGAUAACAUAACUAAAGAUGUGGCGGAAACUACAGUAGAAAGAAGGAAAAAAACUAGCACUGGUUUAUUUAUUGUCGAAGAAGAAGCAGACGGUGACAUUGCAGAGCUUUUAAGACGUAGCCAGAGACAAAGGAGCAUUUUAGACGAUAUAAUUAACAAGGAAGACGAAAAAGCACCCCCCAAACUCAAAGAGAGCAGCAUGAAGGAUGGACACACUUACGAGUCCCUGCCUAUGGUGUACACGGUCGAAGCCUCUGGUACCCCGAAGCCCACAAUCCGCUGGCUUCACGACGGUCAGGAAGUGAAACCUAAUGGCAGGGUCCACAUCUCAAAUAUUGGUGAUCUCUAUAAACUGGAGAUCGACACUGUGGAUUUGAAAGAUGCUGGCAAUUGGCAGUGCGAAGUUAUUAAUGAUCUUGGCAAGCAGACACUUCAGGCAGAACUAACAGUUUCGCCCGUGGCGGACCUCCGCAAGCCUAUCUUCACUGCCCCCUUGGAAGCACAGCGCGUGAUGCAGCGGGAGCCCGUUACGCUGAAGGCAGUAUGCACUGCGGACCCACUCCCGCACGUGGCCUGGUUGCUUAACGGCAAGGAACUAACUCCGGAUGCGACACUCGUUGUCAAUGAGGAAAGUAAAGAGCUGGAUCAUGGCAUAAAAGAGUGCACCUUCACGCUGCACAUACCAACUGGUCGACACACAGAUACGGGUAUAUAUACUGUACAAGCGAAAAACAAGUACGGUAUCGGCGAGAGUUCUGCACGGCUGGAUAUACUUUUGCGGCCUGAAGUAGAACCUCUGAAGGAUAUAACCAUUGUGCCCUUCGAGGAGACUACUUUCAUCACCAAAAUUCGCGCGAAUCCCGUUGCUGAGGUGAAGUGGAGUAAGGAUGGCUACGUCAUUCAGCCGUCAACGCGCCAUGAAAUCAUCGAAGACCGUGAAGCAGAAACUUUCAAGUUGGUGAUAAAGAACGUGGGACUGGAGGACGCUGGUCAAUACACCGUCACCGCCACUAACGAAAUUGGAGAAACCACCCAGCAGGCUAGACUUAAUGUGCACACUGACAAGCCAACAUUCGUACGUCCAAUCCAGAAGCAGAUCGUUAAGGACUACGAUGACUGUACACUAAGAGUGCGGUGCGAUGGCGUACCUAAGCCCCAGGUGAAGUGGUUCCUCAAUGGCAAGGAGGUGGUCAACGACGACAGACACACGGUCACCACCGAGGUGGGCGGACAGGUGGACAGCGAACUGGAAAUCAAGCACUUUGGAGCUAGUGAUGCUGGCAAGUACACAGUCCGUGCAAUGAGUGUUUCGGGAGAGGCGGAGUGUGAGGCAAUGAUCACCCUCGCUCAGAUCCCACCUGGCUUCUCACACAAGCUGGACCGGCAGAAGGACGUGGAUGAAGGGGAACCUUUGGAACUGAAGGCCAAGGUCGAUGGCAGUCCCAUACCUACUGCGAAAUGGUUCAAAGAUGGGGCAGAGCUUUCUCCGGACGAUUCACACAUCAAGCAAACAGUUCUGCCCGACGGCACGGUGAAGCUGAGCAUCGAACACGUUACCCCUUCGGACUGCGGCGCCUACAAGUUGGUCAUCAACAACCCCAGCGGAGAGCACAUGGCCAUUUGCGCCGUAGCCGUUAACCCAACGCCUCGUAAACCCUCAUUCAGUCAAGAGUUGGAGGAUGUUAAAGUGGUCGUAGGUCAACCCGUCCAGCUGCAGGCCAGAGUUAUGGCUUUCCCUGCGCCUGAGGUCAAGUGGUUCAAAGAUGGUGUCCCGGUCCGCCCGAGCCAGGCGGUUAACUUCAUCAACCAGCCAGGUGGCGUGGUGGGACUCAGCAUCGACAGCUGCCGGCCCGAAGAUGCCGGCGUCUACUCACUCAUCGUCACUAACAAACUAGGCGAGGUCGCUUCCAAGGCUAAAGUUGAGGUGGGUCAAAAGGAACGAAAGCCGGCGUUCAUCGCCGAGCUGCAGCCCGCUAAAGUCAUAGAAGGUUUCCCCGUAAAGCUCGAAGUCAAAGUGAUCGGACAUCCACCGCCCACUAUCAAAUGGACGCACAACGGCAAGGAGGUGGUCCCGGACGGGCAGCGCGUGCGUGCGGUGAGCCAGGCGGACGGCUCGCACGCGCUGCUGCUGAGCGCGGCCGGCGCGGGCGACGCGGGCCGCUACGCCGCGCUCGCCACCAACGACAGGGGGCAGAGCGCCUGCGAGGCCGACCUCACUGUGGCCGGCCGCGAGGAUGCAUCCGUCCCACAAGAGCGUCCGCAGUUUAUUCACGGUCUCCGCGAGGUGACCGGCGAGGAGGGUAAGCCGUUGAACAUCAGCGCGCCGUUCACCGGCAACCCAGUGCCCCAAGUCACCUGGACCAAGGAUGGACAGCCGCUUAAGCCUAAUGAAAAGAUCUUUCUCAAUUGUGAUGGAAAGAAGGUUGGCUUGGAAAUCAGUUCUCUGGAACUACCAGACGCCGGUGUAUACUCCGUGAAAUUAGUGAAUCCUCUGGGAGAAGACACUACGGAAGGCAAGAUCAACGUUCGCAAGGUGUUCCAACCACCACGCUUCACUCAGAAGUUUACCGACUUGCAACAACUUCCAACAUUUGAUGCCAAGUUCCCGGCGCGCGUGAUUGGAAUCCCAGCACCUGAAAUCACGUGGUAUAAGAACGGCAAUCCCCUCAAGGCCUCUGAAAAGUACUCUAUCAAGCGGGACGGAGACGCAUGCUGCCUGUACGUGCGGGACAUCACACAGGACGACGCGGGACAGUACAAGUGUGUAGCGAAGAACAAGGAAGGAGAGGACAGCUGCGAAGCAGCGCUGGAAGUUGUGGAUAAGAUCGGACGCAAACAAAAGGUGGAGCCGCCAACGUUCCUGAAGAAGAUCGGCGACGCAGAAGUGAUCCGCGGUCUCAGUGCCAAGUUUACGGCCUGCGCCACCGGCACCCCCGAACCGGAAGUUGAGUGGUUCCGCAACGACGACAAGCUGUUCCCCAGCGAACGCAUACGCAUAGAACAAGAGACUACUGGCCUUCUGCGGCUGACCAUCGGCGGCGUGGGGCCCGAAGACGUGGCCACCUACCGCUGCAGGAUCUACAACCCACACGGGGAAGACUCCUGCACCGCGCAGCUUAUAUACGACACUUUGGAGCCUCAAAGUGGAAAGAAACCAAUGUCAGAACAAUACAGUGAUUUUGAUAAAAUGAAAAAAACUGGCGUGCCAAUGCCACUCACGGAUAAACCGAUUAUCUCACGUAUGGCCGACCGUCACCUCACGUUGUCCUGGAAGCCAUCUAUCCCGCAUCAGCCGAGAUUCCCCGUUACCUAUCAAGUCGAGAUGUGCGAGGUCCCGGAUGGCGACUGGUUCACGGCGCGCACGGGUCUGCGCUCGUGCGUGUGCGACAUACGCAACCUGGAGCCCUUCCGCGACUACAAGUUCCGCGUGCGAGUCGAGAAUAAGUACGGCGUCAGCGACCCCUCGCCUUACGCCAGCACCCAUCGCGCCAAGCUCGAGCCCGACCCACCCAAAUUCGUGCCCUACCUCGAGCCCGGCAUCGACUUCAGGCCGGAGACAUCGCCCUACUUCCCUCGGGACUUUGACAUCGAGCGCCCCCCGCACGACGGCUACGCUCAGGCCCCUAAGUUCCUCCGUCAAGAAUACGACUCGCAGUACGGCGUGAAGGGCCACAACGUCAACUUGUUCUGGUUUGUCUACGGCUACCCGAAACCCAAGAUGACGUACUUCUUCAACGACGAACCGAUCGAGAUAGGCGGCAGAUACGAUUGGAGUUACACAAGAAACGGACAGGCGACACUGUUUAUCAAUAAGAUGCUGGAGCGCGACGUGGGCUGGUACGAGGCCGUGGCCAGCAACGAGCACGGGCAGGCGCGCCAGCGGGUGCGGCUGCAGCUGGCGGAGUACCCCGCCUUCGUCAGGCGCCCCGAGGAGGCCGUGGUGCUGCAGCGCCGCCUGGCGCGCAUCGAGGCGCGCGUGGCCGGCGUGCCCUUCCCCGACAUCAAGUGGUACAAGGACUGGCAGCCGCUGGCGCAGAGCUCCAGGGUCAAGAUGCACUUCAUCGAACCGGACACGGUGGUGCUGACUAUCAGCGACGUGAUGUUGAAGGACGAGGGUCUGUACUCCGUGUCUGCGCGUAACGUGGCGGGCGCGGUCAGCGCCUCCGCCAUGCUGUACGUCGAGGAGAGCGAGCACGACUACUCCGCUAGGAUUCGCGAGUAUCCACCUCGCAUCAAGGCGAGCUCAAAACCCUUCGGCGACUACUACGACCUGGGCGACGAGAUCGGCCGCGGAGUGCAGGGCGUCGUCUACCACGCCGCAGAGCGCACGAGCGGUCGCAACUACGCCGCCAAGAUAAUGCACGGACACUCGGAUCUAAAGCCGUUCAUGAAGAACGAGCUGGACAUCAUGAACAUACUGAACGACCGACACCUCGUGCGGCUCUACGACGCCUACGAGCACGACCACACGCUGGCGCUCGUGACGGAGCUGGCGGCGGGCGGGGAGCUCGUCCGAGACCGUUUGCUGCGCAGUCAAGGCUACACGGAGCGCGAGGUGGCGGGCUACGUGCGGCAGCUGCUGAGGGGACUCAAGCACAUGCACGACAACAGUGUCGCCCACCUCGGGCUUACUAUCGGCGAGCUGCUGCUCUCGCACGCGGGCAGCGACCUUCUGAAGAUCUGCGACUUCGGCCUGUCCCGCCGCAUCCAGAUGAACAAGUACGCGUCGCUCGACUACGGCAUGCCCGAGUUCGUGUCGCCCGAGGUCGCCAGCGGCGAGGGCGUGUCGUUCGCGGCCGACAUGUGGUCCGUGGGCGUCAUCACGUACGUGCUGCUCAGCGGCCACUCGCCCUUCCGCGGCGCCGACGACCGCGAGACGCUGGGCAACGUGCGCGCCGGCGCGUGGGCGUGGCACGACGAGGCGUGGUGGGCGCGCUUCAGCGCCGAGAGCCGCGACUUCAUCUCGCGCCUGCUGCAGCUGCGCGGGCACGACCGCCUGGACGUGGACGCGGCGCUGGCGCACCCCUGGCUGCAGCGCGCCGACAGGAUCUACGAGGACGAGUACGUCAUCGCUACGGACAGGCUCCGGAAUUACUAUAACCUCUACAGAGACUGGACGAGCAAUGCGCAGUGCCGCACGUGGUUCCGUCGCCGGCCAUUGAGCGGUGCCUUCGACCAUCCCUCCAAAAUGGUCUACCCGCCCGGGGAAAUAUACACCCCCGAAGCAACCCCAGACCGUGACAGCGUAUCCCACGAAAGGAAACCUGGAGAUUGGGAUAUCAAAUUCAAGCAAUGGGAGCAUCCCGACUGGGAGGUAUCUGCCAAAUCCGAGAGCCAUUACCAAAACGGUCCAGACACGUAUCUGCUGCAACUGAGAGACACCCAGUUCCCGGUUCGGCUUCGCGAGUACAUGAAAGUGGCCUGCCACCGCUCACCAGGAUACAGCCUCAGCAUACAAGACUCGUACGACCCUCGGACACCUAUUAUCCGCGAGCGUAGACGAUUCACCGACAUUAUGGACGAGGAAAUCGACGACGAAAGACGAGAGAGGAUCAACAACUACGGCUCCGAGAGCUACACUAUCCGACGCCUCCGACACGAACUCGGAACGAGACUAGACAGCUACGCAGAGGCACAGGCAUUCAUGGAAUCCAAGAAGGAUGGCCAGCUGCCCUUCUUUAGAGAAAAGCCACAAGUGCUUCCGGUGCAGGAGGGCGAACAGACACAGCUCUCUUGCUACGCCGUCGGCGACCCUAAGCCAGUCAUCCAGUGGUUCAAAAACGACAUGGUCAUCGCGGAGGGACAGCGUAUCAAGAUUAUCGAAGACGAGGAAGGAAGAUCAACUCUCAAGUUUGACCCCGCAAUGCACCAUGAUAUAGGGUUCUACAAGGUCGUCGCUAGGAAUAAGGUCGGACAGACGGUUGCACGAACAAGAAUUGUAGAGGCGACCAAUCCGGAUGCACCGGACAGUCCAACGGCCACAGACGUAUCUGAUAAGGAAGUACUCCUGCGUUGGAAGCAACCGAAAUAUGAUGGCAAUUCGCCCGUAGUCUGCUACAGCCUCCAGUACAAGAAGGGUGACAGUGUAGAAUGGAAUACGGUGGCCGAAAACAUCGACCAUGAGUUCUUCGUCGUUAGAGACCUCGAGCCAGAUACAAGCUACCAGUUCAGACUGUCGUCCCGCAAUAGAAUUGGAUGGAGCGACAAAGGAAUACCAACGAAUCUUAUCAAGACUAAGGCGGCCGGAACACCAAAAAUUGAAGUCACAAAAGCGAUGAGGCAUCUACAGCAGAUAACAGAGUCGGGGCAGGAGAUUGUUUUAUAUGAAGAUAGACCGAAAUUAGACUAUGCGACGGAAGAAAAUCCAAUAGACUGGGACGCGACACAGAACUUUUCAGAACGCUACAGUUUCAUAUCAGAACUUUGGCGAGGAAAGUUCUCGAUUGUCGUGAAGGGCGUCGAUAAGACGACCGACAGUGUGGUUGUGGCGAAGAUCCUGGAGGUCAGACCGGAAACCGAGGUCCAAGUGCAGAGGGAGUUCAAUUGUUUGAGAAAGCUAAGGCAUGAAAGAAUAUCGAAUUUAUUAGGAGCUUACCAGAUACCCGGCUCUCCUGUUGCGGCCCUGAUUCUAGAAAAGCUGCAGGGCGCUGAUGUCUUAACCUACCUCUCGAGCCGACACGACUACUCUGAGCAGAUGGUAGCUACAAUAAUUACGCAAGCUCUAGACGGUCUGCAGUACCUCCACUGGCGAGGAUAUUGCCAUCUGGACUUACAACCCGAUAACGUAGUCAUGGCUUCGGUCCGGUCUAUCCAAGUUAAACUGAUAGACUUCGGUUCAGCACACAGAGUCACCAAGCUUGGUACCAGUGUACCGCAAGUCGGCGAACUGGAAUAUAAAGCACCGGAGAUCAUAAACGACGAGGCGGCAUACCCGCAGACCGACAUCUGGUCCCUGGGCGUGCUGGCCUACAUUCUUCUGUCCGGAGUCUCCCCCUUCCGCGGAUCCGACGACGCGGAGACCAAGCAAAAUAUCUCUUUCGUUCGUUAUCGCUUCGAACACCUCUAUAAGGAGAUCACGCAGGAGGCAACGCGCUUCCUGAUGUUGGUGUUCAAGAAGGUCCCACUGAAGCGGCCGACGGCGGAGGAGUGCUACGAGCACCGCUGGCUCGCACAUUCAGACUUUACGCAACGCAAGCGAGAAAGAGCCGUCUUCAUCUCCAGCAGGCUAAAGGAAUUCUCCGACGAAUACCACGAACGCAAAUCCCGAGAAGCGUCACAAGCGGACACACUAGCGUCGUUCGGAUCACCGCGCAUCCUCACCAGGUCCAACAGCAUCACCGACGAGCUGCUCACCACAUUCUCAAGCCGCUGACCACCGACCAUCCUCAUGCAGGGCUUAGGACCAAUUAAUUAAUAUACGAUUAAAUUACUUAUCGAAUAAUUUUUAAUCUGAUAAAAUGUUCCCGGGUUAAUUUAUGAUUUAAAUAUUAUUUAUUGUUUUUUUAGAUGUAAAAUAAAAAAAAAGUUUUUUUAUAUAUAUCUUAAGCAUAAGCAUAUAAAUUUAUAAAAUCUUAAUUAAUUAUAUAAAAUUAUUUCUUCGUUGUAAAUAGACGAUUAAUUUUGUAAACUAAUAUAACAAAUGACUCAACUUAUUAGAAAUUGAACAAAUUGACACAAGCUGUUUUAGAAAAAAAAUAAUUUCGUGUCAUCUAUGUUCAUUGACACCAUCAAUUAAAAAAAAUACUGUUUUUAAAUAAUCUAUCCAAUCAUUUUUGUUUAACCGCCGUCACGCUAAAUUAUUCUAGUCAAAAAUGUAUUUCGAAUGUUGUUAUCUUUAAGUGUAUUCAUAAAUAAAACUUUUAUUAUUUAUUUAUACGAUUAAUUUUGCUUCAGUAUUAUUGAGGUGAAUAAAAUAAAUUUUCUCAAA